CCCACUCCACCCACCGCCAACCUCACUCACCACGCACCACCCACCCAUAUAUACAUAUACACAUAGACAGGGGAGCGGACAAUGAGCACGGGUAUGCCCACGGCAAGGCGGCCGUCUCGGCGAGACCGACCCAUUCUGGCCAUUGCCGUCCUUCAGCAGCGGAGCCGAGACCAGGAGAUGCUCCUGGCAGAGCACAGAAUGAGCCGCUCGCUCCACCAGUCACAGGCAUAUCUCGAUGCUACUGUGCCCAAUGCCACCACCACCACUGCCACUGCCACUGCCACUGCCACUGCCACUGCCACCGCCCAUCAUGAUCCUGUCGCUGUCCGUGAUCCCGAUGCUCAUCGUGACGACAUGUCGCUGCCUGCGCCAGUUGAUGCUGCGGACGAUGGUGAUGGCGCGGCAGUCGCUGGUUCCCUUGGUGACAGCGAGUCUGCUGGCGGUACGCCGAGCAAGUCUGGAGCGCCGGCGCGGAUGGCGCCGCCGCCGAAACCAUCACGAGCUGCAAAGCCACCAAAGCCGGCCAGACUUCCCGCCGCGCCUACUGGUGCCGCAGCUGCCCCUGAUGCUUCCAUCGGUGGGCCCAUUGUCCGCUCGUCAUCGCUGAGCAAGAAGAGCGGCGACACGUUGCUUGUCCACGGAACCGGCCCAGCCGCCGCACGUCCGGUCGGCCGCAUCACUCGUCGUUCUCGGACAGUCGGGCCGACGUCAAGCUCGCCAGCAGCAGAGGCGCCGGCAAAGCGAACUCCGCCGCGAAAACCGAGCAAGUCGGCCAAGCCACCGUUGCCGCGUCCGGUGCUGCCUGAGGGCGAGAAUGAUGAUGAUGAUGACGACGACGAAGAUGACGACGACGAUGACGGAGAUUCAAGCGCAGCUGGUAACGACGCCACUUCGGAGGCUAGAGACAAGGCGAUGAGGGAGAGUGUGUGCAUGUCCAUGAUGGCCAAUCCGUACUUUGUAGUGCCCGGCCUCGAGGAUGAGAUGGAGGAGGUACCGGCCGCUGCGCCCCCAUCGGCCAAAGACUUGGCACCGCGCGGCGGAGGCAUCACUGCCCUCCCCGAAGCAAGCUGGCUGCAGGGCGAGCUCAGGGCUGCCCUUGACGAAGAGUACGUUUCGCCGGCAGAGAUGCGUCGCCGGCGAACGUAUGCACAGGACGCGUUUGCGGUCCUCUCGCCGAAGGGGAUGAACGCCAAGGAGAUGCGCAAGCGCGAGCAGACCCGCCGCAAGGUGGCCAAGAACCCGACCCGGUACUUUGCCAAGUUCCUCUCGGCCGUCGAAAAGGGCGCACAGGCCCGAGCCGUCAUGCUCCUCGCCUGCGGCGUGGUCACCACUCAGCAGCUUCCCAGCGGCUGGACCGCACUCCACACCGCCGCUGCUUGCAACCGCGCCGCCAUUCUCAAGAUCAUGCUCAACAUCGGCAACACCAUCCUAUACAUCGACGCCGCUACCACCGACGGCAUGACACCACUUCACAUUGCCGCCCGUGACAACGCGCCUGCCGCCGUCCGCACACUUCUCGACCACGGCGCAUCCAUCCUGCCGGACGCGCAGGGUCGGCUCCCACACGACAUUGCCAUCGAGCAUCGCUGCGGCGGCGCGCUCGAGGUUCUGCACAACGCCACGUGUGUCUUUGGCCGCGAGUUGACCUCAUCGGUCGCCCGCGACCACUCGCACGUCCCCAGCAUCCUCCGCGUCUUUCGUAAGUCUGCCCGGAAGGCCUCGCUCGACAUCCUGCGUGCCCUGUACGACCGUGGUUACGGCGAGGUCGACCUCACCAAGCUCCUCUCAGAGCUCGGCGACGUGACCCACACGUGCGCCCAUGCCAUGAAGCUCUUCUUUGUCGAGCUCCCCACCCCGCUCGUCCCGCCGGCCUUCUUUGAGGCUGCCGGCCAGCUUGGCCAGCAGGUCAUCUCGUUUGGCCUCGACUCGGAGCCAGCCUCGUGGCCGGCGCAGGAUCUAGACUCCCGCGCCACAGACUGCCGCGCCAUCCUCGCCGCUGUCUCGGGUGUCAUCCUUGCCGAGCUCCCUGUCGAGCACCGCAAAGUCCUCCGCGCCCUCCUGCUCUUCCUCCGCUUCGCCUCGCUCCCAGUCCACUCUUCUUUGUCCAAGAUGGGGGCCUCCAACCUCGCCCUCGUCAUGGCGCCCAACAUUCUUCGCUCGCCCGGCAUUGACGCCCUCACAGAGCUGCAAAUGUCCAAGCCACUCAACGCGCUCAUGACGUUUAUGAUCAUCCACGUCCAGCACCUCGCCUUUGAGCGGCAGUAA